AUGACAGAUCGGUACGGUCACCCACGGCAGACCGUCUUCGGUCGGAGGCACGCGUCGGCAGCCGCGACCGUCUCAUACUCAGACACAAGACAACCUCACCCACCCGCACCGUCCGCCGCGCAACAACCACAGCCAGGCGGCCCACCUCACCCAAACGCCUCGUCCAACGCUGGUGUCCGCAGGAACCUCUUCCAGGGCCAGCUCACAAGACGGCCUACGGCAGGACCUGGCAGCAGCAACCCCAACGAGGCGGGGGCGCCUGGCAGGAACGCGGGCGACCUCGGCGGCAUGGAGGUAGAGGAGGACGAGUCUGCGUCGUCUGACAUUGUGGUCCGCGACAAGAACGGGGAAGUAGAGCUGGACGAGCCGCCGACGCUGGUGGUGGACGAUCCAGACGAGAUCGCGCUUGACAUGCGCCAAGAGAACGAGAAGGAGAGGCAGAGACUCGCCGACGCGGUGAAGCACCACCAGAACAUCGUGAACCAGAAUAGUGUUCCGGCUCAGCCAGAGGAAUUAUUCGAAGCCGUAAGGGCCAGUCUCAGAGCCAAAGUCGCGGCCUUGUCAGAAGACAAUUGGAUGUAUGAGAAGGAGGACGAACCACGGCUGGUCUGA